UGAUCAUAUUAUUCCAAUCCCAUCAUCUUAUAUGACUUGGUUACCGGAACCAUUAUCUCGGCGAUCUAUGGCAGCUAGUUUGAUUACAUUAUCAAUGUUACAGAAAUUGCACAUAUUUAACAAUGCCUCACUAGUACAAUUUAAAAAUCAAGAUUAUAUCGGUCAUUUCAAGUUAUAUUUAGUGAUUUCCACUGGUAUCAAUCCAUUUUGGGAUAGG